AUGCGCCACAGGGAGGCGCUCGCAGCAAAACAUGCAGCGGCGGCCCUUCCCGAGUUCGACAUGGUUGACAGCCUCAUCCGUCAACUCGCAGAGCAUCUCAGCCGUUCCGGCCCAUGGCAUCAACGGUUUCUGGAGCUUCAAGAACUCUUCACGUCCACAAACUUGGAGCUUCAGGGGAUUCACCAGGUCCGCUGGCUCUCCAGGGGUGACGCUGUUCUGCGUCUGGUGACCGUCUUCCCCGCGAUCAUCGUCAUGCUGUACGAGUGGGACGAAACGCUGUACGAGCUCGCCACGAGCUACAGGUUUCACUUCCUCUUGUACUUCCUGGCCGACGUGCUCGAGCAGCUGAACAUCCUGAACAAGUCUUUCCAGCAGCGAGAGCUUGACAUUGCAGGUGUGCACGCGCAGAUCAGGAGAACCAUCUCUUACCUGGAGACCCGCUACGUCGACUGCGGCGAUGAGUUUGGGGGCGGGUUGAGCGCGCGCCUGUCCCCGUUCAUCAUGAAGUACGGGCUGGACAGUAACAACCCCGAGGUGACGGUGCAAGGAGUGGACUCUGACGGUCGGCCCACUAAACACACGUUCAAACUGCACGAGAACCCGAGCGAGGACUACCCAACGCUGGGAAAUCACUACAACUGCGUGGAUCUCUGCACCUCGUUUGCAGAGACGCUCGUGCGCAACCUCACCAAGAGGUUUGCAGACUUGGACUCCCUUGUGGGAGUCAGGCUGUUCAUGCCCGAUGAGUACCCGCCAGAGAGAGGAGAGCGGCACAAGCAGUGUCUCGAGUGGCUCAUGUCACUCGUCAAGCUGUUCAGGGCACUAGAGACAGACUACAUCCUUCCUGGUACGUCUUGA